AUGGAGGACAUCCAUCAUGGAGGCCAUGCGGGAGCCCGACCGCUGGCUUUCCCCGACAUUGACAUCGAUUCACAUAUGAUGUCCGAUGACUUUUCCUUCGGCUCUCCAUUCAGUCCGACCAACUCUGCCGCUCAGGACGGUAUGCUCCAGGAUCCCAUCUUCCCGGAGUGGAAAACCGGUGUUCCGCGCGGUGGCGACAAUCCCGAGGAAUUGCAGAAGCAGGAUCCCCUCGCCGCGCAAAUCUGGAAGCUCUACACUCGCACCAAAUCUCAGCUCCCGAACCAAGAGCGCAUGGAGAAUUUGACCUGGCGGAUGAUGGCCAUGAACUUAAAACGGAAGGAACGGGAACAGCAGCAACAGGCCAGGUCUUCGCAAGCCCAGCAAGAUACCAUCAGUCCCACCCCGAGCGGCAUCGCGCAGUUGCAUCUGUCCGACCAGGCGUCGAACUCGACCACCAUGAAUCACGAUGCCACUCCCGAUCCCAUGAACCUGGAUGACUUCAUCGUCCCCUUUGACUCCCCCGCCGAUUACUCCUCCCAUCCCCAUGCCGACCGACACUUUACCGCCACCCCGACCGGGAUCCCUAUCAAAGCGCGCAAGGAUCACCCCAUGACCGAUUCCACCGUCGCUGCGUCCUUCGGCCACCCCCCGCAGGAGCAGCGCAAGAACAGCGAGUUCGGCUAUGUGGCCCGUCGAGUGCGCAAGACGAGCGUCGACGAGCGUCAGUUCUUCAACGGUCUCGGCGUUCCCGGUCGCAAGCGUCCCGCCGAGGCAUCCCCUCAGGUGCCCCCAGUGUCCAACGCCAUGCUGUCGCAGCACUCGGAGCUGUCGGCCGCGCUGCCUGAUUACUCUUUGGACCAUCCGUCCUCGGCCUUUGCCAUGCCGGGCAACGGCACCGUCGGCCCCCGUCGUCACCAGCAUCACCACUCCGGCGUUCCCUUCGGUCUCGAUACGUAUGGAAUAGGCGGCGAGGAGUCUGGCAUCAGCUCGGCUGGUCCCUACCAGCAGCACUUUGCCUUCUCGCCUUCUGAUUCUCCCAUGGCGGCCAGCAAUCCCUUCUCCAAUCUCUACGCUCAGACUCCCUUGGCCUCUUCCCUCAACUCCACCGAGUUCUUCUCUCCUCCCCCCUCGGGGUACCAGUCGACCGUUUCGACCCCGCAACCCAUAUAUGAGGGAGAACAGUCCAUGUUCUUCUCCGAUGCCCCCUCGGCGGAGUCUCACUCUCAGCGCCGAAUCCCUAACUACAUUCAGCACCGCCAGUCGAACUUGUCAGCCUCGCUGCAGCCUCGUCACAUGUAUAAUACCAACGGCGAUUUCCAUUCGAAUGGUGUUAGUGGCCCGCCUAGCUCCAUGCACUCGUCCGCGUUCUCCGUGCCUGGCCCCCAACAUGUGGAUCCCUCGCAGGUGCUUGGUCCCGGCGAGUUUUCCACGACAGCGCCCAGCAGCAGCAUGUUCACAUUUGGCGGGGACUCUGAUAAUGAGGACGAGGAUGGCAACCAGUUUGAACGCGGUGGUAUCGCCAUGCCGCAUGACUUUGCUUCCAUGGAGGACUCUGGUGAUAUAAACGCAGGGAUGACCUGGGAUGCCGGUUUCCCCGGAUCUGUCCAGUCGCUGCCGGGUUUCAACGGCCAGCAUCGCAAGCAUGUUACCAUCGGCUCGACCGACAUGAUGGACGGCCCGCCCGAAUGGCACCACGCUGGCAGCCUGGGUCGUGGCCACGGCUCAGCCGCCUCAGUCAGUGAUGUACGCAACCGGGAGCUGGAUCCUCGUCGGCAGAAAAUUGCUCGUACAGCCUCUACCCCUAACGCCCCUGGGCUGCUGCGACAACAUAUGAACGGCACUGCUAGUGGGCCGCCGACCAACCACCCGUCUCCCAACACGCCCCCCGAGUCAGGCCUCAGUAGCGCUGUGCCGUCUCGGCCAGCCAGCCCCGGGGGUUCGAAGAAUGGAGAUCCCAAUGCCGGUCCAACCACAUGCACCAACUGCUUCACUCAGACCACCCCCCUCUGGCGGCGCAACCCCGAAGGCCAACCCCUAUGCAACGCAUGUGGUUUGUUCCUUAAGCUUCACGGCGUUGUUCGGCCGCUUUCUCUGAAGACCGACGUUAUCAAAAAGCGUAACCGCAGCAGCGCCAACAGUCUCGCCGUUGGCACUUCCCGGUCCUCCAAAAAGUCUUCUCGCAAGAACUCCGUCGCUCAGGCCGGUCCCACCAGUGCGGCUGUUUCGCGCGCCCCCAGUGGUACCACAUCCGAGUCACCACCUGCGAUGACUGGGUUGAGUAAAUCUGGCGUGGUCCCCAUCGCUGCCGCCCCGCCCAAGGCUGGACCCCCAGCUGGGGUUGCUCAGGCUCGGGCCGGUGUGCAGGUGGCACCUCGCCGCCAGCGUCGUCUGGAAAGGGCCCCGCCCGGGUCUGAUCCAGACACAGACGAGAGCCCCAAAGCGAGCGCACCCUCCGGUCGAUCCAAGGUGGUGCCCCUGGCGCCAGCCAUGCCACCCGCAGCGGCCAACCCCGCCAACCAUAGUAUUGCGGGUGGUCAGGGCGCAAGCCAGGAGUGGGAAUGGCUCACCAUGAGUCUUUAA